AUGCAACAUAUCAGGAAGGGCGCCGGCCCCUCGCAGUCCCUGGAGCGCCUCAUCCACUUCGGCGGCGCGCGCGCGGAGCAGGCGAACAACAGGUUCGCCUUCCCCUCGAACAGCGUGUCCACGACGAAGUACGAGUGGUGGAACAUCGUUCCCAAGAAUAUUCUGGAACAGUUCCGGCGGACUGCGAACUUCUGGUUCCUCGUCGUCUCCGUGCUGCAGUUGGCGCCCCUGGACCUCUCGCCGACGACCCCGACGGCGACGCUGGUGCCCCUGUGCGCCGUCCUGUUCGCGACGUUCUGCAAGGACGCCUACGAGGACCACAGGCGCGCGAGGGACGACAACAGGCUGAACUGCCAGCUCUGCGACGUACUCGACCAGGACGGCGAAUUCAGGCAGGUCUUCUGGAAGGACCUGACCGUGGGCGAGUACGUGCGUCUGACCCGCGACCAGCCCGUACCCUGCGACAUGAUCCUGCUCGCGUGCUCUGGCGACGGCGCGGCGGCCUACGUGGACACCGCGCAGCUCGACGGCGAGACCUCGCUGAAGCCGAAGGACCCCCUCGAGGAGACCAUGCGCAUAAGCCAGGCGGCCGAGCUGCUGGCGCUUGAGGGGCACGCGAAGACGGAGCCCCCGAACCAGCUUCUGCAGUCUUUCAGCGGCAUGCUGGUGCUGCGCGGCCAUCCCAGGCCCGCCGCGGUCGACGCCAGGCACUUCCUGCUGCGGGGCUCCACGCUCCGGAACACGGACUGGGCCUACGGGCUGACCGUCUUCACGGGUCACGACACCAAGCUGGUUCAGAACUUGAAGAGGGCGCCGUCGAAGCGGUCACGUGUCGAGGUGACGUCCAACGCUCUCCUCGUGAUUGUGUUCGGCCUGCUGGUCCUUGCCUCCGCCGUGUCGACCGCGACGCGGGCCGUGCACCUCGCCGAGGGCACGGAGGGCGACCGGCGGAGGAGCUGGGUCUGGCCAGAGGAGGAUUCCCUGAGGGACAACUCCUGGGUCGCGCUGGUGACGUUCAUGAUCCUCUACAACAACCUCAUCCCGAUCAGCCUGUACGUGACCGCCGACCUGGUGCGCUCCCUGCAGGGCCUCAUGAUGGAGCUGGACGGCUCCAUGUACCACGAGGGGACCGACUCCCACUGCAGCGUGCGCAACUCGAGCCUAAACGAGGACCUGGGGCAGGCCAAGGAAGACAACGACAUCACCAAGCAGCAGGCACUGCUCGCGGUCUACCCGGAGCCGCUGGCAGCGGCCGCGCAGAAGCUUCGACACCUGCAGACUCAACAGGGCAAAAUCAAAGCGCAGCUGGUGGCGGCUGCCCAGUCCCACAAGGAGCUCCUUCACCGCCUCAGUGGGAACUUGGAGCAACGCUUUGCAGCGCAGGAGGAGGUGGAAAGCCCGGUGGGGAAAACCACUGUGGGAGUAGCUACCGCGGCAGAUCCGGAGAAGCCCCAGGAGGGUACCGAGUUCCCAGAGCUGGGCGCAGAAGACUUGGAGACGCUGGGAGCUGAAGGAAAGCGAGAGUAUGAAGCGGCUAAGAAUGCAGCAGCUGAGGCGUCGGCGACGCUCAAGCAGGCGGCGGCAGCAGGUGCAUCUGUGGACCGCGCGCUACACGUGCUGUUCGCGAACGUCACUCACUUCGGCGAGACGGUGCGGCAUUAUGCGCAGCGCGCCAGCUUUGACAUUAUCGGCAUUGCGGAACACCACUUUGCCCCGGAACGCCACGGAGAUCGAGGCCAUGGAAUUGCGGCGCCAGGGGUGACAUUCGCAGCGCACGUGGACUCCAGCUACACCUACGGGGUGGAGCACGACCAGAAGGACAUACCAGUUAUGAACUGGAGACCCAAGGGAGUCGCAAUAGCGCUGAUCUGCAUCUGCUUAGACUCGGGCAAGGGCUUCGAGAAUGAGAAUGCGAGCAGGCUGCCCCAGCUGACGCGCGUGGUCAAGUCCUUCGCCGUGCCGCGGGUCGCGUUUGGCGAUUGGAACAACACGCCGGACCAGUUCGCAAAUAUCAGGUGGCUGCAAGCUCUCGGAGGCGAGCUCCUGCUUCCAGCGGGCAGCCCAUUUGCGUGCACUUUGGGCAGAGGGCGGCUCAUCGACUACGGAGCCUGCACACGAAAUUUCUUCCCGUUGGUCAGGUAUUUCAAAGUGGUGCGAGACGUGCCGUGGAGUCCGCGCCUCGGACUCGAUCUGGCGAUGGCCGCCAGGCCUGCCGCGAUCAGUAUCCAGGCGCCACGACAACCAAUCCAGUUGCAGAUCCCAACGCAGCAGAUCAGUGUCAGGAAGGGCCCCAAACGACCUUCGCGUGAUCGGGGGCCCCACGCGAACCCGACCCAGCCAGAGGACGACCUCGUCACCAGCGCAAGCGUUGGCCCGCACGACAUCCACCGACACCAGGUGGAGGAGGAGUACCAGAAGGAGGCCUUGCAGGACUUCGACGACGACCACCCGAAGCUUGAAGGCUGCAAGAAGAUCCCCUCGUUCUCGUACACAGCGGAGAGAUUCGAGAGCAGGUACUUGCAGUGCAGGACGGUUCGGAUUCUCUACUCCCACUACUUGAAGGUGACGAAGGAGUGGCACGGGAGCGGGGUAGGGCGCUGCUCAGACUCCGAGUGCGCGCUGGUCCAUUCGCCCACCUUUCUCCGCGAAGCCUGGGGCAUCGGGGACCCGCAGGGGGAGGGCGCCGUGGCGGCAGCGGCCGAGGAAGCGCAGGCGGUAGAGGCUGAGGAAGCGCAGGCGGUAGAGGCUGAGGAAGCCAUCACGGCGGUAGAGGCUGAGGAAGCCAUGGCGGAAGAGGCUGCCAUCGAUGUGACGGAUGACGAAGCCCAGGCGGUAGAGGCUGAGGACGCCAUGGCGGUAGAGGCUGAGGAAGCGCAGGCGGUAGAGGCUGAGGAAGCAGUGGCGGUAGGGGCCGAGGAAGCCAUGGCGGUAGAGGCUGAGGAAGCCGCGGAGGCUGAGGAAGCCAUGGCGGUAGAGGCGGCUGCGCCGACGCCUGUGAAGGCGGCUGCGCCGAAGGCGGCUACGCCGACGCCUCGGCAGGCGGCUUCGGCGACUCCGAAGGCGGCUCCUUCGGAUCCGACGGCGUCGUCAGGAUCAGCGGCCUUGAGUUCGAGCGCUGCCUCGAUGCUGUUCUACGACAGCCUGGUGGGCGGCACAAAGAAGAAGAGCAGCAGGCGCCAUACGAAGCACAAGAAAACGAAGAAUGAGAAAAAACAUAAGCGAGCUGCGGCUGAAGUUCCAGUGGUGCCACAGACACCGAAGAAGGCGGCCAAGACCGAGUCCUCGGUCGACUCUCCUGCAUCCGAGGUGCCUCCUGAUGAGGGGAGUGCGGGGCCCGCUCCUAGCGAGGAUCCUGCUGCAGAGGCUCCCGAGGACGCGGCUGGCAAUGCUCCCGAGGCAGCGGCUGGAGAGGCUCCCGAUGAAGCGGCUGGCGAGACUCCCGAGGAAGCGGCUGGCGAGGCUGCAGGCGGAGAAGCUGCUGGCGAGGCUGGCGGGGAGACGGCUGGCGGGGAGACGGAUGCCAUGAAGGACGCGCCAGGCCACGCAAAGGGCUCCUUCACGCUGAACGGCAAGAAGUACGACGUGGGCUGCAAGAAGAGGACGGGCCACAUUGGCAUCUCGAUCCGCAUGGCGGGCGAGCCCAAGUGGAGCCAGAUCACGCAGGUGCGCGACAACAUGUGGGGGGAUCGCUGCAUGGACAUCAUGAAAUGCGAGGGUGACAGGUCGGCGUGCACCGCGACGGCUGCGAACCACGUUGUGCACCAGGUGUCGGUUGACAAGGCCACGUCGCGCUCCGAGGGCGAGGCUUCGAGGGACAAGAUUCUGGCGAAGAUCGGGAUUGGCAAAGGUGCCAAAGGGCAGUCCGAUCGAUCGAUCGAACCGCUAGCAGUCAGUGCUUGA